AUGGAUCGUCCAACAUCAACCGCAAUAAAUAAAGCAACGGAAUAUGAUAAACUACAACAAAUCUUAGAUAAAGUACGAGAUUUAAAACAAUCAUUAGCUAAUUUUUUUACAGAAUAUGAACAUGGUCAGCCAUCAUGGCCAACAAUUCUCGAUCAAAUGAAUGUUUUAUCUUCUCAAAUAACAACAUUACGUACAUCAGUACGUCAUAUUUUACCAUUAUUACGUACAAAUUCUAUUAUGCCAAUGUGUUUAUCACCUGAAAAUGAUCUUACUGUUGAACAAUUAACUGAAAGACGUUUAUCAAUAUUUAAUCAUGAUUUUAUGCCACAAUUAUUACGUACAAAAAAUUUACCUGAAAUUGAAGAACGUGAACGUUUAUUAAAUACAAAUUUAACUACUAAUAAUAAUAAUAAUAGUAAUCCAAUGGGUCGUUCAAUGCCAGCACCAAAUGAAAUUCAUACACGUGUACAAGAAUUAAAUUUAUACUUAGAUCAUGUUACGGCUUUACUUCGUCAAACAAAAGAUGUAACAGAUAAAAGUGAAAAACAAUUUGAUUUACAACGUUUUACAAAUCAAAGUGAUACAAAACGUUUAUUAGAUGCAAUGAAUUAUGGUAUUGGUCUUAAAGCACCUGAUACAUCAUCAUCACCUAUAACAACAAAUGAACAAGCGAAUAUGAAUCAACAAAUGUCAACACAACCACCAAGACAACAAGCACCAACUCUUAGAAUAAAAACUGUUUCAAAAUCGAAUCGAUGA